GCGAUCGGGAGGUUUACACUGACUGUAUGAAGUCAUGACGCUUGGAAGGACUCGGUGAAACAUAUUGGUUCCGUUGUGACUUUUUGGCAGCAGUUGGCUGGUGAAUUUUGCACAGUUUUAUUGCCGGGAAGGAGAUGUGCAUAUAAUUGACUGCUUUUGGAUAAAUUGGAUACACUAUUUGUUGUUUGUACCAGCAAAUUUGUGGAUUUUUUUUAAUUUUGAUCUCGCAGAGAGCUCUCUCGUCUCAGCUGUAACAACUUAGGCGCCCCUGCCAUGGGCGAUUCCACGACGGCGUUACCCUCGUCGAAUGCAAUGGGUGGGGAAUACGAUUAUCUCAUUAAAUUUCUGGCUCUUGGAGACUCUGGUGUCGGCAAGACCAGCUUCUUGUACCAGUACACCGACGGGACGUUCAACUCAAAGUUCAUCUCCACAGUCGGGAUCGACUUCCGGGAAAAGCGAGUGAUGCACAGACCCAAAGGUGUUGCAGACAACAUGAGCAGGGGGCAGAGGGUUCACCUGCAGUUGUGGGACACCGCCGGUCAAGAAAGGUUUCGUAGCCUAACGACAGCGUUUUUUCGUGACGCCAUGGGGUUCCUCCUCCUCUUCGAUCUAACCAACGAGCAAUCCUUCAUCAACAUCCGCAACUGGAUGACACAGCUCCAGAUGCACGCAUACUGCGAGAACCCUGACAUCGUCCUGUGCGGCAACAAGUCUGACUUGGAGGAGCACCGGGCAAUCUCAGAUGAGAGGGCCAAGGAAAUGGCUGAGAAGUAUGGGCUUCCUUACUUUGAGACGAGCGCCAAGACCGGAGCCAACAUCAGUAAAGCCAUCGAGUGCCUCCUAGACAACGUCAUGCUGAGGAUGGAACGCAGCGUGGACAAGAGCCAGUUCCCGGGGGCCGUCAUCGCGCACGGUAACGGCCGCGGUCUUCCCAUGGAGGUGGACGAAGCCGGUGAGAGUAAAAGUGGCUGUGCUUGUUAGUAGUAUCAGCACCACUUAAUCAGGCCUGUAUGCUUCGUUUUUGAAAGGGCAAGGGCACCUAGACAUUUUCAAGGGCAGCAAGGCAAUGACCAGGAGGCAUGGAGGCAUUCGCCUUCGUUGGCUCUGUGAAGUAUCAGGCCUGCUCAAUUUUUUGGUGGGUAACACUAACAGACAUAGUUUGGAACUUCUCCGUGAGAACGGCAACAGGCUUUUCGAUAAAGACCCUUUUCAGGUGUGAGACUGACCACAGCCUGUCACAAAAAAGUAAGUUGUCAGAAAGGUUUUUUUUU